AUGCCCUGGGUGAGGUUUGACCACAUUUCCAGGGCAACCAUCGAUGAGGUGGAGACAGAUGUGGUGGAGAUCGAGGCAAAGCUUGACAAGCUGGUGAAGCUCUGCAGUGGGAUGAUUGAAGCAGGCAAAGUCUACAUCACCACCAACAAGCACUUUGUCAGCGGCGUCCGGGACCUGUCGCAGCAGUGCAAGAAGGAUGAGAUGAUUUCGGAGUGCCUCGACAAAUUCGGAGACAGCCUGCAGGAAAUGAUCAACUACCACAUGAUCCUGUUUGACCAGGCUCAGAGGUCAGUCCGGCAGCAGCUGCACAACUUUGUGAAAGAUGACGUCAGGAAGUUCAAGGAGACCAAGAAGCAGUUCGACAAGGUGCGGGAGGACAUGGAGAUCUCGCUGGUGAAGAACGCCCAGGCCCCCCGGCACAAACCCCACGAGGUGGAGGAGGCCACGGGCACCUUGACCAUCACCAGGAAGUGUUUCAGGCACCUGGCCCUGGACUACGUGUUGCAGAUCAACGUGCUGCAGGCCAAGAAGAAGUUUGAGAUCCUGGACGCGAUGCUGUCCUUCAUGCAUGCCCAGUACACCUUCUUCCAGCAGGGCUACACUCUGCUCCACGAGCUGGAUCCCUACAUGAAGAAGCUGGCCACGGAGCUGGACCAGCUGGUGAUCGAUUCUGCCGUGGAGAAGAGGGAGAUGGAGCACAAACACGCCCUGAUCCAGCAAAGGACCCUCCUACAGGACUUCUCCUACGAUGACUCGAAGGUGGAGUUCAAUGUGGACGCCCCAAAUGGAGUGGUGAUGGAAGGUUACCUCUUCAAGAGAGCCAGCAAUGCUUUCAAAACAUGGAAUAGGAGGUGGUUCUCCAUACAGAACAGCCAGCUGGUGUACCAGAAAAAGCUAAAGGAUGUGCUCACGGUGGUGGUGGAGGACCUGCGGCUCUGCACCGUCAAGCCCUGUGAAGACAUAGAGAGGAGGUUCUGCUUCGAGGUGGUCUCACCUACCAAGAGCUGCAUGCUGCAGGCUGACUCGGAGAAGCUGCGCCAGGCCUGGAUCCAGGCAGUGCAGGCCAGCAUUGCCUCUGCCUACCGGGAGAGUCCGGACAGCUACUACAUCGAGAGACUGGACAGAACUGCCUCCCCCUCCACGAGCAGCAUCGACUCUGCCACCGACUCCCGGGAGCGCAGUGGGAAAGGGGAGACCAUCCUGCAGAGAGUGCAGAGCAUCCCUGGCAACGACCAGUGCUGUGACUGUGGGCAGCCAGACCCUCGCUGGGCCAGUAUCAACCUGGGCAUUCUGCUGUGCAUCGAGUGCUCAGGGAUCCACAGGAGCCUGGGUGUUCACUGCUCCAAGGUCAGAUCCCUCACACUGGAUUCCUGGGAGCCAGAGUUACUGAAGCUGAUGUGUGAGCUGGGGAACAGCACCAUGAAUCAGAUUUAUGAGGCACAGUGUGAAGAGCUGGGACUCAAGAAACCAACAGCAGGGAGCUCCAGGCAGGACAAGGAGGCCUGGAUCAAGGUGAAGUACGUGGAGAAGAAGUUCCUGAAGAAGCUGCCGAGCGGGGAGGCUCUGGCGGAGAACGAGCGGAAGCCUCGCCGCUGGUGCGUCAAGAAGUGCCAGAGGCACAACAGCGCCACGAAAGCACCCGCAGCUCGGAGGAAGUACCGGCACGAGGCAGGGAAUGCCUCCCCAGCCCUGCUGUCCUCAGGUGGGAACACCCCCGUGCCCUCCCAGUACCAGCCUGUGGCCCCAAGCUCGCUGCAAACCUGCCCUGGGUAUAACCCAAAAUGUGCCAGCCACAUCCCUGAGCAGCACCCGCUCGCAGGUGGCCCCUGGAGUGGCAGUGGCAGUGGCAUUGGUCCCGGUGGGAGCGGUUCUCCGUUCCUCCUGGACGGAGGUCUGAGCAGUGACAGCGGGCUGGGCGGGAGCACCGACGGCAGCACCGACAUCCUGGUGUUCGGCUCCGUGGUGGACAGCGUGACAGAGGAAGAGUGCGAGGUGUCCGAGGAGUCCAGCGGGGAGGCAGAGAUUGAACAGGAGGCAUCUGACUUGGAGGACCUGAGGGAGCUGCACCCUGGCUUGUUGAUCUACAAGGCAGCACAAGCCCGAAAUCUGCCCCUCAUGGCAGAAGCACUCGCCCACGGUGCUGAGAUCAACUGGGUGAACGACGAGGAUGAGAACAAAACUCCUCUGAUUCAAGCUGUGAAGGGGGGCUCCUUGAUAGCCUGUGAAUUCCUGCUGCAGAACGGGGCAGAUGUGAACCAAAGAGACAGCCGAGGCCGGGCCCCCCUGCACCACGCCACGUACCUGGGGCACACUGGCCAGGUGUGCCUGUUCCUGAAGAGAGGGGCCAACCAGCACGCGGUGGACGGCGACGGGCAGGACCCGCUGAGCAUCGCGGUGCAGGCGGCCAACGCAGACAUCGUCACCCUGCUGCGUCUGGCUCGGAUGAACGAGGAAAUGCGGGAAGCAGAGGGUCCCUUUGGACAACCAGGGCAGUAUCCCAGCAACAGCCCCACUGAGCUGCAGUACAGGAAGUGCAUACAGGAGUUCAUCAGCCUUAAUAUAGACGAGUGUUAGUGACAACUCCCCCGUGUCCCCUCUGCUGUCUUGAAGUUGGGCUGAAGUUUUCCAGAAGCCCUGAGAAGCCCCAUCCUUGGUAUAUUGGUGUUCCUUGCAGAUUGGUCUGUUUUUGAUGCCUGCACAUAUAGGUUGAGCUGCACACAGGAAGGACAAGGGGGUCUUUUCCUGUUAAGCAUUAAGUUCUCAUGCUUGACUACUGGAUGGUUGGUUUUUUGUGUAGGAGACUCCCAGGGCAUGACUACAGACCGUGGCACGUGGACUUGAGUGUGUGAGAAGUGUGGGAGGAGAGUUUAGCAUUAAAAAUAAAAGGAGACAAAAAAAAAAAAAGAGGAAAAAAAAAACAAAAACAAAAAAAGAGAAGAAAAGAGAAAAGGAAAAGGAAACCUUCUCUUAUCAGGAGAAACCCACCAAGAACACGAUCAGACGAAGCCGUCUCUGCCUCAGGGCGCUGAGUUCUUGUCUGAAGAGUUGGCUUGGGAGGGAUCCUGGCGUGGAGCUCUGGGUCCUGGCAGCGUGACCAGCAGUUUAGAAAACUUCAGAGAUGACCUCUGAGUCAGGAACAGGCUGCUCUGUGGGGCAGAGACGUUUUGCUCCAGAAGGCACAGAGGGGGUAGGGCUGAGAGUGACGGCUCCUCACCUUCAUUGCUCUCAGGACUAAACCAGCCACCCUCCCCUUAUUGGUUUUUUUUUGCCCUCAGUGGUUUAGCUGGUCAAAGCCAUAGCUCCCUGCUUCCUGGGCCAAGAUGCAAAGUGCACAGUGUUGUGGAAGCAGCAGUGCUGAUUUUUUGGAGGCCGGGAGAAGCUUGUCGCCGGCGAUGGGCUUUGUGUCAGGGAAGAGAAGCCACAUCCAGCCCCCGCCACGGCCGCGCCUGCAGUUGGACUUCAGCUCAGUUUGUGUCCUGGUCACCUCAGAUUUUCUGACAGCACCCCUGGGAAGGAGAAUUCCACUUGCAUGUGUUCCCUCUGUGCUCACCCCCUGCAUGCCGGAGCGUCUCAGCAGCUGGCCCAGGGGCUCUGGAGUUCCCCGGUUCUGGUGACCAGCAGAAUCUUCUCGGUGUUCCUUUCCUUUUCCUCGUGUUAUUCUUGGCUGGAGUGAGGGAAUGUGGAUCUGCUCAGAGCACUUUGUUGCUGUGUUGAUGGUCUGUGUCUCUGCAGAGCUGCUGGAGCUCUGUCAUCCUGUCUUGGGAGGGCUGGCAGAGCACAGGUACCACUGGUGUCCUCUGGCUGGGAGCUGAGCUGUGCUGCUGGAAGAGCCUCUUCCCAACGUCCCCCAACCACAAUUGGCAUCAGAGUUUGUCAGGACUUGUGGGUGACAGUCCCCUGCCUGGGCACCGAGGCUGCUGGCUCUGGGGUCAGGCCAUAGUGCCUUAUGGAUUGUCCUGGGAUUUUGAGGGGAUCAGGAGCUUGCGAGAAAAGCAAGAAUCCCAGGCAGACUUCCCCGUCCUCCUGCAUUCCAUCAGCAGUGAUACAAAAUCAUCUUAUUUCUCAUCCACUGCACGUUUGACUUCACAGUUUUUGCAGCCUGGCUGCUGCUCUGCUCACCCCUCAGUGGCUCAAACCCCUUGCUGGGGGGGAAACCUUUGUAGGUUUUGUUGCUGUUGCUCUAAAUGUGCCCUCAGAGACUGAACCAGCAGCACUCAGUGUCCACCCACAGAGCUGCAAGUGGAUCAAUAAACUCCACUCAGUCUCUUGUAGGGUCCUCUCAGUUCAAGGGACAGUCCCUGCUUCCUUAGGAAAGUGCUGUCCCAAGUUUUCCUGCAGCCAGAGCAGUUUCCUGGCUGUGCAAUCUGGAUCUGGAGGUCCAUAUCUUUGUCCUGUUGCUUUCUCAUUCCUGUUGGAGCUUUGGGAUGAGUCCCAAGGGCUCAGUUCUGAUCCCAGUGUCUGAAUCUGGAAUGGUCCUGGGGGCUCUGCAGUGCAAAAUCUGCCCCCAGGGCCUUUCAUGAUUCCUGAAAUAAGGAACAAUCUCCUUCCAGCAGUCUUGGAAAAUGAAAAUUCUCCCUUCUUAGCUGCUCAGUGCCUGGUCUGAAACUAUCCUGUGGUCUUGGAGCAGGCAGUGCUCCCUCUGAACUUUUCCCUGAGUGAAAGCUGUAGGACAGGCCCUGCAGCUGGCAGAGGGCAGAUCCUUUGGUCUGUUCAUCCUCUGCCCAGCUCUGGCACCCUCAGGAGUGACUCAGGACCACGUGUGGGAUAGAGCAGCGUGGCACAAAAUGCCAUCCUUGCUGCACUUCAGAGGAGCUGGGAUGUGUAAAUCCCCGGUUCAGGGGACAGCUGGGAGCAGGGACUUGACUCUGGAGUCACCCCUGGAUGGAGAGGGCUCACUGCAGGCAGGAGCUGGGGGAGUGAUGCCAAAGGCAGGCAGACAUGCCCCGUGUGUGGCAGUGCCACUUCUUGGUCCCCCUCAGCUGGCACUGCCCAUGCCCUGGGUUAAACAUCCUCCUGCCCCCCGUGGGAAGGUGUAGCAUCUCUUCCCUCUGUGUUUCUCGUGCAGGAUCCAGAGGUUACCACUUUCCAUGCUCGAGGAGCUUCAUCUUUCACUCAUUUGCAUUGGGAUUUGGCUUCUUUCUGAUCCAAACCACCUCAAGUUCCAAUUAUUUUUCCCCCUCCCGAGCAGGGUGGUGCCUUCACUCGUGUGUCCCUCCCUUCCCUGGCAGCUGCACCCCUUUGCUCUGCAGCUGCUGGAGGUGCUGCAGUUCAGUCUGAGUGUGGCCAGGAGCAAACCUGCAGGCUGGAAAUCACGGGGGAGCAAAGCCCUGCAGCCCUCCCUGUCCUGGGCUGGGCUUGGCUGCCGGUGGCCAGUGGUGCUGAGCCUGUCCCCAACCCAGCAGUGCCCUUCAGGGCUGUGCCAUGCUCAGGGUGACAUCCUGCCAUCCCCCUGAGCACUUGGAGUGCUCUCCACAACCCUCACCCAGCCACGAGCUCGCUCUGCUGCUGGGGUAGGAGCUGAGAGAUUCCCUGCAGUGAAUCCUCUCUCCAGCUCUAUCCUGUUUUAUACUGACCUGCAUCGAUCCAGACUUUGUUUUUUGGUGCUGAUGUGCCCUCAAGUCGUGCCCUUCCCACGCUGAAUCCGAGCUGGCAUCCUUCAGGGUACCUCAAAGAUCUCCAGAGUGAAAUAACUGUUCCACCACUGCCAUGGUCCUUGCUCUGUUCAUGGAUCUUUGUUCCAGCAAUGGGUUGUUUUUUUUUUUUACAUGCACAGCGACUUAAAACACCCCAAUCGGGGUUUUUCCCCAGCUUUUUAGGAGAAGUUAUAGAAAUACAAAACUGAUCCUUUCUGUAAGCCCAGGAGAACUGUGGCUUCCACUUUGGGUCGUUUUUAUUUCAUGGGAACAUCCAAAAAAUCAUGUACAGUUCGGUCCUUUGAAGCUCAGACUCACUGCUGAAGUACAUGAAGUUAAAGCAAAAUGUAAAUACUGAUGCAAAAAGCAGUGUCCUGCAAGACAAUUUAUCUAUUUAACAUGUAUUGGUACUUUAUUUAGAUUCAAUGUAUAAAGCAACUUUGUGCACUUUUCCUACAUUACAGUAUUGGGGGGUUUUAUGUUCUUUUGUUAUGGGUUUUGUGCUGUCUUUUUUAAUCAGUGAAAUUGUUAAGUAUUUAAUUUAUUAUUGAUGUGCCCAGAGGACUAGUGCAAUUUUUAUUCAAUACAGUUGGUCUGUAUUUAAUGUCAGGAUUUUUUUUUUGUAGCAUUGUUAGGGAAUAUUUUUCAAAACCUGCCUUUUUUCCCCUCCUCCCCCCCAAAAUUCUCCUUUCUUUUCCCCUUCCCCUUCCUCCCCUUUCUCUUCUGUUUUCAUUAUACAGAUCAUGAGGCAUUAAAUGCCUCAAAUUCGAAAUAUAAACCCAACACUCGAGUACAUCCCGCAGUUUCCAAAACAAAAUUAAGUUCUCCAGGUAAAAAAAAACACGUUAAGGAGGCACUUCUCGAUGUUUUCUGUGUUUCUUUGAUUUGGUUUUUUUUUAUUUUUUGGCUUGGGGGGUGUGUGUGUGUGUGUGUGUGUGUGUGCCUUUCAAAGUUUGCAGGGGAGAGUGGGGAAGCUGGACAGAAAAUUUUGCUUUCAGCGAAGGAAACGGCUCACCAGGCUCCAGGGAAACCAGAAAUCCAGUAUUUUCUUGUUUCCCUGCUUCCAAACCAGCUGGAUUUCUGUUGUUUUGAGACAUUUCAAUGCCAGAAUUGCUCUUUUUUCCCCCCCACUCUUGUUUCUUUUCAAAGAGGGCAGGUUUGUUUUCUCUCUCUGACGGUGACUUGGGUGCAACCACAGAUAAACACAAGGAGAUUUGCCUUUGUCUAGAAAGCAACGUGCCAGGCAUUGCCCAAACCAUCACAUGGAUCCUUCAUCCUUUGAGUUUUUUGACCAUCUGGGUGAAUAUUUCUCUACCUGUCCUCGCUUUUAUUUGACCCAACCCUUUAACCAAGUGCCUGGACAGGUAGGUUUGAAUCUUUGGGGUCUUGCCACACCCGUCCCUGAUUCCAGGUGGGAUGAGUUCAGGGGUGUGCUGGCAAGUUGAAACGAUCCCCUCUUGUGUUCCCUUCUCAUCCAGGGAAGCCUCAGGUUAUUUUAAUAUUGCUGUCUCUGAGAUGGUCCCUGCAGUGGGGAGUGAGGGAGGAAAAACUGGAAUUGGAAGAAUUUAAAGGCAUUUAAAGAAUGUCUUUAACAAAAAAAAAUAAAAAAAUAAAAAUAGGAGAAGCUGAGGCUGUGAUGAGUGUAAAAUAAAAUCACUGAGGUUGGAAGAGACCUCUGAGGUCAUGGAGUGGAUGAUCCUGCAGGUUUGAAGAGAGAGUUGAACAGAUGAUUUUUUGAAGAACUGGAUCAGUCACAUCUCAGAGCAGCAAAACUGGCCGUUAUUUAUGCAAGACAAAACCCCCCAGGACCUCCUAAAGAAAUGCACUGAUGAACUCCCUGUCCAGUGGCCACGACGUGGCUGGUCCCUGCCAGGCCCCUGGGCUGCCCCCAGCCCACGUGUCCCCUCACUGCCCGAGCAUUCUUGCUUUCAACCAAAGACAAAACAGGCUGAAAGGUGACAUUCAACCGUGGCUUAGCUGGUGACAAACACCCCUGUGAAAUGUGGGUGAGUGUGGUGCUGUCAC